UUACGGAAACAAUGUCUCCGACACCAAAUUAUUUUUAUUGAUUUAUUGAUUGGUACUUUCAAUUGGGCUUCCUCUUUCCCAUAUUAAGACUAAGAAAAAUUCACAGUCACGACAGCCAUCUUGCGAUCAUAGAUAGAAGUACAUGUAUAAUAUACAACCUUUCUCAUGUAACCUCUUCGACUCAAAAAAACAAACUUCGACUGAUCGCUAGUACUGAAAAACAGUUCAUUUUUGUGUUUGUGGUUGGACUGUUACCCUUAUGUAUUUUUUUAGGCUACAUAAUACCAAUAUUAAAUGUGUGAUCUGUGCUUUACAUCAUUGGCAAAGUGACAUCUGACAAGUUUUUGUAAAUGUUAUUUUAUUAAUUGAAACUUGAUAUGUUUCCUAAGUUGGCAUGCAUUCAUAUUCUUUUUACUAGGCUACAUUUGCCAAACGAAUUGGCAUACGGCUUAGAGCUUCAGCUUUCCUCGUGUUUAUUUUAUUUUAUAUUAUUGAUGGAGUUUGUAAAUUAAAUUUGAUAGCUCUCAUAUUUGUUGGGUUGCAAAUUGAUCUCACCAGGUAUUUAAAUAAGUUACAAUCAAGCUUCAAUUGUCACUUAAGUAAUCAGUCAUGACAUGACACUUGGGUGACAUCGGUAAAGAAGGUAUAAAUUGAUUUAAGUAAAGUAUGAGAACCCUGUCAUAGAUACAACAACGCUGAGAAUUGUGUAAAGUGGUUUGCAGGAAGGCUUUAUGGGAAGUGUUGCUGUGAUGGUAUUUUCAGAGUGAACCGGGCUCAUGCCGGACAGACGUCCGGCUGAGGAUAAAACUCUGGCAGCUCAGGUAGCCACGCACAUGCGGGCGGACCCUCACCCAGGGUCUUAAAACAAGUGGGGAGGUGGUGGCAACACCACCGUUAGUUUUAGUACCUGGGUGGCGACGGCUGAAGCACAUCCCGCGGCCCAAGAUGCAGGUGUGCGUGCUGGGCGACCAGCAGCACUGCGACGAGGCCAAGGCCAACAACGUGCCCUACAUGGACGUCGAGGCCCUCAAGAAGCUCAACAAGAACAAGAAGCUCGUCAAGAAGCUGGCCAAGAAGUACGAUGCGUUCCUGGCCAGCGAGGCGCUGAUCAAGCAGAUCCCCCGGCUGUUGGGGCCGGGGCUCAACAAGGCCGGCAAGUUCCCCGGCCUGCUGUCCCACCAGGAGGGCAUGAUGGCCAAGAUCGACGAGGUCAAGGCCACCAUCAAGUUCCAGAUGAAGAAGGUGCUGUGUCUGUCCGUGGCGGUGGGCCACGUGGGCAUGGCGGAGGACGAGCUGGUGCAGAACGUCCACCUGGCCAUCAACUUCCUGGUGUCGCUGCUCAAGAAGCACUGGCAGAACGUGCGCUCCCUGCACGUCAAGUCCACCAUGGGGCCGCCCCAGAGGCUCUACUAGGACUGCAAUAAAACAUGUUCCUGGUUA